GCUGGUGCUCGACUCCAGCCCCAGUGGAACUGAAGCCGAGGAGGAGCUGAAAAUGCAGAUUUAGCAUCAAGCACAGACAUACACUCGCUCUUUCUCUCCGGUACACACAGCUCCCCACAUUCGCACCCCUGCCAGCAAGCCGGGCCGCUUGACUACACAGCCUCCCCGCCAGCCAGAUGCUGGAGGAGAACACACACUGAUUUGCUGCUUUCCAAGCCCCAAUUCAGUCUUUCUCCAUACAAAGAUUUUUUUAAACAACAACAAAAAACUACAUAUCUAUUUUUUAUUUGCACCUUCCCCUUCGGGUCCCCUGCUCCACCAGCCUGCGCUCCUUCUAACCCCACUUUUCACUCCCAAAGAAGGAUGAAGGGUGGUUGUGGCUCCCAGUGGAAGGCAGCCGCUGGGCUCCUCUUCUGUGUCAUGGUUUUUGCAUCUGCCGAGAAACCAGUCUUCACGAAUCAUUUUCUUGUGGAGUUGCAUAAAGGGGGAGAGGAAGAAGCUCGCCAAGUUGCAGCAGAACACGGCUUUGGAGUCCGAAAGCUACCAUUCGCAGAAGGCCUGUACCACUUUUAUCACAAUGGUCUUGCAAAGGCCAAAAGAAGACGCAGCCUGCAUCACAAGCAGCAGCUGGAGAGAGACCCCAGGGUAAAGAUGGCCUUGCAACAGGAAGGAUUUGACCGAAAAAAGCGAGGAUACAGAGACAUCAACGAUAUUGACAUCAACAUGAAUGAUCCUCUUUUUACAAAGCAGUGGUAUCUGAUCAACACUGGGCAAGCAGAUGGUACACCAGGGCUUGAUUUGAAUGUGGCAGAAGCCUGGGAGCUGGGAUACACUGGGAAAGGUGUGACCAUUGGAAUUAUGGAUGAUGGAAUUGACUACCUCCACCCAGACCUGGCCUCCAACUAUAAUGCCGAAGCAAGUUACGACUUCAGCAGCAAUGACCCCUAUCCUUACCCUCGCUACACAGACGACUGGUUCAACAGCCACGGAACCCGAUGUGCAGGAGAAGUCUCAGCAGCAGCCAACAACAAUAUUUGUGGGGUUGGUGUAGCCUACAACUCCAAGGUUGCAGGUAUACGGAUGUUGGACCAGCCAUUUAUGACGGACAUCAUCGAGGCCUCCUCCAUCAGCCACAUGCCACAGCUGAUUGACAUCUACAGCGCCAGCUGGGGCCCCACAGACAAUGGGAAGACGGUGGAUGGACCCCGAGAACUCACGCUGCAGGCCAUGGCGGAUGGUGUGAACAAGGGUCGCGGGGGCAAAGGCAGCAUCUACGUGUGGGCCUCUGGGGACGGCGGCAGUUAUGAUGACUGCAAUUGUGAUGGCUACGCGUCAAGCAUGUGGACCAUCUCCAUCAACUCGGCCAUCAAUGACGGCAGGACAGCCCUGUACGACGAGAGCUGCUCCUCCACCUUGGCCUCCACCUUCAGCAACGGCAGGAAGAGGAACCCUGAGGCCGGUGUGGCCACCACAGAUUUGUAUGGCAACUGCACACUGAGGCAUUCUGGGACAUCUGCAGCUGCUCCAGAAGCAGCUGGUGUGUUCGCCCUGGCUUUAGAGGCUAACCUGGGCCUGACCUGGCGAGACAUGCAGCAUCUGACCGUGCUCACCUCCAAACGGAACCAGCUUCACGACGAGGUCCAUCAGUGGCGGCGAAACGGGGUCGGCCUGGAGUUUAAUCACCUCUUUGGCUACGGGGUCCUUGAUGCAGGCGCCAUGGUGAAAAUGGCUAAAGACUGGAAAACCGUGCCUGAGAGAUUCCACUGUGUGGGAGGCUCCGUGCAGGACCCUGAGAAAAUACCAUCCACUGGCAAGCUGGUGCUGACCCUCACGACUGAUGCAUGUGAAGGGAAGGAGAAUUUCGUCCGCUACCUCGAGCACGUCCAAGCUGUCAUCACAGUCAAUGCAACCAGAAGAGGAGACCUGAACAUCAACAUGACUUCCCCUAUGGGCACCAAGUCCAUUUUGCUAAGCAGACGUCCAAGGGAUGACGACUCCAAGGUGGGCUUUGACAAGUGGCCUUUCAUGACCACCCACACUUGGGGGGAAGAUGCCCGAGGAACCUGGACCCUGGAGCUGGGGUUUGUGGGCAGCGCACCCCAGAAGGGGGUGCUAAAGGAGUGGACUCUCAUGCUGCAUGGCACACAGAGUGCCCCAUACAUCGACCAGGUGGUGAGGGAUUACCAGUCCAAGCUGGCCAUGUCCAAAAAGCAAGAGCUAGAGGAAGAGCUGGACGAAGCUGUGGAGAGAAGCCUGAAAAGCAUCCUAAAUAAGAACUAGUGCUGCACUUCUGCCUCCACCACCUCCUUCCCUUCCCAUUCUCUGCCUCUAUCCUUGCUCCACAUUUCUGGCAGGCACCUAGCAAUUACUGUCACCCCACACAAGCAAUUCCAUCUUCUUGAACUGCAGCUUUGCUCACUAUCAAUGAUUAUUUUCAUUACAAUGAAAGCAACCUUUUUUUUUCUAUGACCCAAAUAUAAUGUUCCCACUAACAUCUAUGUCCUAUGUGUUACUCUACCCUCUUUAUUUCUGUCAUUCAAAUGGGUGAUAUCCUGCAAACAAAACUGGCGCAGCUUUCCCCUGAAAUUUUUUUUUCAUAUCUGAGAAGAGAAAAGAAUGCAUGUAAAAAAAAAAAAAGCCACACAUAGCAACACCAAGAACGUCUGUCUGUGCUCUCAACUGAGGAACUGUUAUGUAACAAGAGAAGUCAAAGCUGAUGCAGAAGGCGAGUUCUGCAGCUCUUUAAAGCACAGGGGAAGCUGUUAAUCCUUUGGGGAAAGAUGAUUUGAAUUUAGCAAAGUUUUUCAGGAACGUAGAUUAAGGUGACAUGAUGAGAAAGAUGUCAUCUAUAGAGUCCUAAUUACUGGACAGGGAAAGAGAUUUAAAAAUGAGCGUUGGAAAUCUACCGCCAACACAAAGAUUGUAAUUCACCCUACUCGGCCAGCAUGAUAUAAAACCUAAAUAGCUUGGCUGUAAAUUCACCAGCUACUGCUCUGAGUUAUGGUAAAAAAAAAAUCUGCUGGAGCAGCUCAGUUCUUUCCAAGUUGUCACAGAGUUCAUCCCUCCCACCCCCCACUCCCUGCCAGUUUUCAGGGGUUCCUCACAUAACUAUCCAAAAAUGGGGAAAAAUGAAGGCGGGCCUCACAACAUGUCUGGUAAAGAAUAGUUUGCUAGUUUUAAAAUAAGAACAUUCCCUUUCCUAAGUCACUUUGGGACUUCUUGAUCUUGAUGUAAGAGAUAAGGUAUUAUUUUUGACAGUUUUAUACACCUCUACAUGGGCUUUGAUUUCCUAAAAGUAUCCCUGGAAAGAAAUGUCUUGUUCCCUCGUGUCAUGAUGUCAUAGAUGUAUUGGGGAAAUGGCCUCUGUUCUGAAGAGGUGUGUGAGGGAUGGCAGGGGCACAUUUGAAGGUAGGAGCAACCAUCUUUCCAUGGACCUCCAUUUAUGAGGGGCCUCGUGGGCCAAGAGGGGAAUAAGCCAACUCAUCCCCCAGUGACUUGAGGUCUCGAGAAGCAAGAGGAGCCCUCUUAUAGGAAAGCACAGAGUUGCCAUCUUGGCAAUGCAGAAAUCCAUGAGCCCUUUUGACAUGCCACCCAAAGGUUACAGUUAUCAAAUCCAAAAGACGCAAUUUCAUUGCCAAAUAAGUAUUACUGAAGUGACCUGUUGUCACUUUUUGUUCCUACCCAAGGAUUGGUUUCUCACCCCCAUCCCAGUGCCCAGCCAUUCAAAAAAAAAAAAAAACUAUUCAUUCUCAACCACUCCUGGCUCCAUUCCUCCCUUCCCAAUGGAGUAUGUGCUUGGCCUGGAGUCAACUUUACUAAAGCCAGUAGCACAGGAGCGCUGGGUUAGAUUCCCUGAAGGUGCAACUUUAAGAGAGAAUUCUGGAAAUGUCACUUUCUUUUCUCCCCCAUACUGGCAUGAAUUUCUGUCUUCUCUAACACCUUGUGACUCACCCUUGCAUCAUGCUUUAAAGUGUAAUGAUAUUUAUGAUUUUUUAAAAGAAAUUUAUUACUUGUUGCAAAGGUCUUUUUAAACCAGUUUAAAGAAAAAUAAAAUAUAAAUGGAAAUCAUUGAAAAUUCAUUUCACAUUAAUGGUCUGAAAAUAAACCAAAGGACAUUAUGUGUGCAUGUGUGUAUAAGUGCACACAGAAAUAUUAUAUAUACAUAUGUAGACUAUAUACAUGUGUGUAUAUAUGUGUAUAUAUAUAUACACUUGUAUAAAUGUAUAUACACACAUAUACUUAAAAUGUGUGUAUGUGUAACAGACACCAUAUUCAUCUCUAAAAGAACAUUCAGAGAAUAUCAAGAUGAUUCUGGCUGAAGACAAAGGCCGGUGGAAAUUCAGGUGAAAAUCAUCAAUUCCCAUUUUGUCACCUCUGUAAUUUUGCAGCUCUCUGUAUAAACAUUAAAUGUCUUAUAUAAGCAGCAAAAAUAUAAAAUAGUUGUCCAUAUUUUCACAGUUGUGAUAUAAUUUAUGAAAUUAGAGAGUAACUUAUCAGCUUCUUAAUAGAAAUGGCAAGUUUUGAUAUGAGUAUACAGUAUAUAAAAAUAUAUAUAGUGCUAUAUAUAAAUAUUUGGUCUCUAUUUCAUUUUUUUGCAUCAGUCUUAACACUAAACUAUGUCAAGCUAGUGAUGUUUUUAUGAUAUCCCUGAUUCUAAUGCAAGAGACAGCUAUUUAUAGUCAUUUAUUUUAAAAAAUGAAAAUAAGUGAAUAACGAUUAAUCAGGUUAACAUUGUUACUUCCUGUGACAAAAUUUUAUAAGUAAAUUUAAAAUGAUAUGUUGUAAAUUAGGAGGCUCAACAAUAAAACAUUACCUUCCAGAAA